GCCAGCUCUAGUGCAGUCUUAUGACUUAUUUUGAUGUUUGGGUUUUUAUAAACGUAUAAACUUGUAUUUGUAAAUAAUUAACUAAUAAUGCCGACUGAGAACAGUGAUGUUAACAAUUUGUUAGAUUCUUUAUAUUUGGAACUUCUACAUUUAAUCGAACAGCAUACGGAAUGCCGUGUUAAAAUAGAGCGUUCAAAUAAUUCAGGACAGUUAUUGUUGGCCAAGACUCGCUAUAUUCAAGGCUCGCAGGCCAUAACUUUGGCACAAAUACCCACAGAGAAUAGUGAAGAUUUCCGGGCUCUGUGCUGUGUGGAAACUGAAAAGUGCGAAACUACAGUUUCAGGAGAGAGUAAACAAUUAGUAACACAUAAAGUGGAUAAAGCAGAAGGUUAUGUGGAACCAAUGCAAUGGUUCUCAGCACUGCCACCAAUGACAUUAAGAAAUGCUGCUGUUCAUUUUAAAAAUUCAGUUGAAUUAGUGGUGGAAUCAGCCAAUAUUCAAAAUGAAAUUUUAGCUAUAAUAGAUCGCAUAGAUAGACUUAAAUUAGUUAAGAAACAACUUGUACAUUAAAGUUUAGAACAAAAUAAGUAA